AUGCAAAAACUCGUGUUACGCAUUUUGGGCCGUUUUUCUCGAAAAACUUUCAUUCGAAGUGCCUGGAAAAACUUGAAUAGUCUAAGUGAACACGAUGAACUAGUCGAUGCUCUGGAAGCUCUGAUAUCAAUGUCUCAUGAAGAAAACGAAUUCAUUGAACUUAUCACGGUCAUUUCUGAUGUCCUUUCGGAGGCACCAAUGGCCUCGGCUUUCUUAUGUCAUAUUAUCGAUAGUGCCGCACUUCCUUCCAAGGAAACAUCACAUAAGAUAACGACAAGAUUACUUCAAAAACUUAAACCAGGCUUAUGUCGAACUAAACCCAAGAAGCGUAUAAGAGUUAAUGUCUCUAUCAUUUGGAGUGUCCUUGCUGAGAAAUUGGCAGGUGAAAUUAGCUUAUCACUAUUUACUAAUAGUGUAUGUAAUACGUUGCUGGAUUAUCUUCAACAUGAUAAUGAUGCAGGAGUGCGAUUAUUUGCCCUAAUCGCACUAGAAAAAUUUGGCAUGACAGGGCAAAAUAAACAAAAAAUUCUCUCAGCCGAAAAGGAUAUUUAUAAAAUUUUACAAGUACUUUCAAAAGAAUUACAUUCAAAUGAGAAUUCAGCAAAUGAAGUUUAUCGUAAAAGGCAAUUAAAAUUCUGUGUAGAUUGGGCUUUAAAAAACACUUUUGAUUCUGGCAAGGGAGAUAUAUGGAAUACUGAUGAUAGUUCGACAAAUCAUAGCAUAAAUGUAAUGUUGAACCCCUUGGAUGCCACUUCUCAUUGGAAAUUAUCACCACAUGGUUUAGAGAUAAGAAAUGACAAUUUUACAUUCGAAUCAAUUCGUGCUACGACAGGAGUUAAUUGUGGAAGAUGGUUUUAUGAAGUUUUAUUGCUCACCAAUGGUAUUAUGCAGAUUGGAUACGCAACCAAACGCUGCACUUUUGGACCAGAAGAAGGUACAGGUAUCGGUGAUGAUCAUUACGGAUUUGCAUUUGAUGGUUGUAGAAAUGUCUUAUGGGCGAACGGCGUAUCCAUACCAUAUGGUGGCAAUGUGUCAUGGAAACCAGGAGAUAUUGUGGGUGUAUAUAUGGACAUUAACCUUGGUUGUGUUCGUUUCUAUCUCAAUGGCAAAGAUUUGGGAAUGGUACAUCCCCUCAACAUUGCUCAAUUUAGGAAAUUAGCCGAAAGUGGACUGCAUCCUGCCUUAUCGUUUACUUCAUAUCAACAAGCUGUUGUCAACUUUGGAGCUGAGAAAUUUCGAUAUCCACCGUCAUCAUUAUCUUAUGAAAAACUUAAUAAUCAUGGCCAACUAUCAGCAGAACUUCGUGAUUCAAUACAAAAGAGAGUUUGGAGAACUUCACGUUAUCGAUCAAUGUCCAUAAGUUCUAGUUGGAAACAACAAUUUGAAACGACUGAAGAUGACUUUGAUGCACAAUGUUCUAUUUGCUUUGCAAUGCCUCCUUGCAUUACACUGAGGCCAUGUAAUCAUGAUGGAUUUUGCGUGGAAUGUGCAAAAAUGAUGAAUUUGUGUCCACUCUGUAGGAGCCCAAUUUCGUUGAGAAAGCAUAUGAAUAGUAAUGAAUUGCCACCCUCCCCUACAAAAUUACCAUCAUCAACUUCAUCUACGUCCAUUUCAUCAUCAAUUCCAUCCACAGCGAUCGUUUUACCCCCAACGCCACCUGAUUCCCGUUCAGAUUCUUCAAUCACCUCAUUAGAGCCGGAUAUUUCACGUGGACUAGAGCCAUAA